AUGGUCGCUAUAACGAAGAAGACGGGUGCGCGAGGUACCAGCGGGGGGUUCAAGUUCAUCUGCGAUGUCUGUUCGGCCGAUAUCACGUCAACAGUGCGCAUUGCCUGCGAUACCCUAUGUGAAAACUUCCACCUCUGUGUACCCUGCUUUUCCGAGGGCAAGACGACACAUAAUCAUGAUCCACAAACCCACAAGUUCAAAGUUCAAGAACAACAUUCUAUACCCAUCUACACUGAAGAUUGGGGUGCGGAUGAAGAGCUAGCACUCCUCGAAGGCGCAGAAACGUACGGUCUAGGCUCCUGGGCCGACAUCGCUGAUCAUAUUGGUGGCUAUCGUACGAAAGACGAGGUCCGGGAUCAUUAUCUUGAGACGUACAUCAACAGCUCGAAAUUUCCUCUACCCGAGCACGCGGACAUCAACGACAAGGAGCUGAGCACAAGGAUACCUAGAGAAGAGUUUCAGGCGCGAAAGAAACGGAGGAUAGAGGAGAGGAAGGAAGAAGCCAAGAAUGCACCACCUGCCACCCCAAAGCAGAAGCCCACCGCCAGUGUGCCGUCGUGCCAUGAGGUCCAAGGUUACAUGCCCGGUCGACUCGAAUUCGAAACAGAAUAUUUCAAUGAGGCCGAAGAAGCGGUCCAGCACAUGCAAUUUGAACCAGGAGACGGCCUCAACGAACAUGGCCAAGAAGAACCAGAGAUGCACCUCAAGAUGACAGUCAUGGACAUCUACAAUUCACGUCUUACCGCACGUGUUGAGAGAAAGAAGAUAAUUUUCGAACACAAGCUAUUGGAAUAUCGAAAAAAUCAAGCCCAAGAUAAGAAGAGAACGAAGGAGCAAAAGGAUCUCAUGAAUAAAGCGAAACCAUUUGCACGGAUGAUGAAGCAUGAGGACUUUGAGGAAUUCUGCCAAGGCUUAGAAUAUGAGCAUGAUCUCCGCCUAGCAAUCACACAGCUCCAGGAGUGGCGUUCAGUUCAGAUCGGCGAGCUGAGAGCUGGUGAAAAAUACGAACACGAGAAGUUCCAGCGUCAGUCACGACCUCCAGCUGUAGGACAAUUUGAUCGUAUGGCGACAAACCGGAACGCUAAGCCAGCUGCUCAAACUGCAGAGGGGCCCACGGCGAACAGCCUCACCGCCCCAAACCUCGAAAUUCCCUUCCGGUCUUCGACGAACGGAGUCAUCACACCUCCGACAUCGGUAUCCUCGAAUGGCAACACGGUCAACGGCACAUCACUCCACACCAACGGCGUUCCUACGCCGCAGGCUGCAAAUAUCGCCAGCAAACCCAAAUUCUCUGUUCAGCCUCUUCCGAAUACUGUUCCACUGAAGUUCGAGAAGGUAGCCGCUCCUGACCUACAACUGCUGACCGAGGAAGAGCGCGAGCUCUGUAGUGCAUUGCGCAUCAUGCCAAAACCCUACAUGGCUAUCAAAGAGAACAUGUUCAAAGAAGCGCUCAAAUCCGGUGGUAUGCUAAAGAAGAAAACAGCAAAAGAGAUCAGUAAGAUAGACGCCGCCAAAGUAGGCAAGCUAUUUGACUUUUUCGUACAUAGCGGAUGGAUAGGCAAGGCUUGA